UCGAUAGUGCCCAACCCUAGCCAUUGUUACCGCCGGUCGGAGAGGGUUUCGGUGUCGGCCACCUCAGCCUCCAGCCGUAUGCGCGAGCUCGAGAUACACCGCCGGCACUGAGCUCUCCCUGAAGACCUCCUCCACGAUCCGGCAUAGGAUGUUGACUCGCCGAAUUAGGACGCCUGGUUUGUGGCGAGCACGAUGCGCGCCACCGGUCCUUCUUCGCCUCCCGUGUGCGUGCUCCCAGUCCACCAGCGGCUAUUGAGGGGGAGACAGGUGAGGCGUCCGACGAGGCCCACAAGAAGGCCGGCGAGGAAAGAGCUCGAGGAGUUCGCCAAGUGGCUGGCCUGGCAUUGAUCCUGGCCCGGAGCAGCCGGAGCACGCGUUGGAGUUGGAUUUGCCCCCACCCCAAGAUAAGAAUGAAAAUGUCUGGAUGAUAAUCAAAAGGCCCAAAGAAAUACUUGAGAUUAAGAAAUUUCAAGCAGGCAAUCUAUGAAGUUUCCUUUUUCCGUUCCUGUUAACCAGUUCUUUUUGCGCGGUAACCAAUUCAGACGCAACGGCACCACGCUGUGCGGUGCUGUCCACGUACGUACGGUACCGUCCAUCGUCAACAGCUCGUCAAAAUUCCCUCCCCGGCCUUGCCUACGCCAUCGCAUCCUCGGAUGGCAAUGGGGUCCCCUAAAUCGAAAUCGAGCUCCCCCAUGGCGUCCUCCAAGCCCCCCACGCCGUCCUCCGCGAGCCACCACCAGGCGCGCCGCCGCCGCCGCCGGUGCCUCGUCGCCACCACGGCCGUCCUGCUCGCCCUGGCCGUCGUCCUCGCCGUCCUCUUCCUCACCGUCCUCCGCGUCCGCGACCCCACCAUCCGCCUCGUGUCCACCCAGUUCGUGGGCGCCGCCCCGCGCUUCGCGCUCCUCCCGACCCCGUCCCUUCACCUCAACCUCACGCUCCUCGUCACGGUGUCCGUCCACAACCCCAAUCCGGCCUCCUUCACCUACGCCGGCGGCGGCCACACCAACCUAUCGUACCGCGGCGCCCACGUCGGGGACGCCGAGAUCGACCCGGGCGCCGCCGUCCCGAGCCGCGGGGACGCGGAGGUCCGGGUCGCGCUCACGCUGGAGGCGGACCGGUUCGUCGCCGCCGGGGACGUGAGGCAGCUGGCCGAGGACGUGGAGAGCCAGGCGAUGCCGCUAGACGCCGCCAUCACCGUCCCCGGCACGGUGCUGCUGUUCGGCGUGUUCAGGCGCAGCGCCGUGGCAUACUCCGAGUGCAGGCUCGUGGUCGCCGUCAUGGGGAUGCGCGUCCAGAGCCACGAGUGCAACAGCCGCACCAAGCUCUGACCCGAUGAUCGAUGGAUCUCGCCGGAGAAGAUUGGGCGCGAGGCAUGGCCGUGAAGGGGGGCGACACGUGCAGCCACGCCAGCGCACAGGGGAGUUUGGUGUGCCCCUGUGCGGUUACACGUUCGAUACAAAUGGAGGAUUGAAAUUUAAACAGCGGAUUCCCGCAAAAUCGAUGCGUGUGUUUCUACACGUACGUGCGAGAUUGGGGAUUUGUAUCUGAUCUGACGAUAAGCUAUGACUUGAACAUGGUAGUGUAGUGUUUUUUUUAGGAAAUCAUCGAGGGAAGAGUUCUCUCACGUGAAUAUAUACUAGAUCGGAAUCGCUCCUUGGCGCGAGGGUGCCGGUCCAACAUUUUGGUCAAGCUGGUAAUGUUAAGUCAGUAG